AUCCGAAAUGUUAUACAGAAGAGAUUCGACCUCUGCUUUCGUUCACACCAGUGUUUUUCAGUUUCUUCUCCCUUUCACGUCGCCUGCCCAACCCAAGAGCUAUAGGCUCGAUUCGGCCGUCUCCGCCAGGCCAGGUUUAUACCGUACAUCUACAUCACCGGUGCCAGGCCAUCAGUUGCCGGCCGCCGCCGCCUUACUCCCAAUUGCCCAGGUCUUCGUCGGGCCCUUUGCCGGCGACGAGCACCCACCAGAACAGGAACCUUUUAUUUUGGGAAGGACAUAGAGAGGUCUGUGGUCUGUGGAGUGACAGCGAAGAAGUGAACUGAUGUGCCAUAGUACUGAUGCUGUGCAGCAAGUUGUAUUGGGAGGCAAGCUGUUGGAGAUGGAAAAUAGAGCUCCUUUACUGUUUGUGUGGAUUUUUGUCGUUGUGUUUGUUUCAUGGCACAAAACAAUGUUUUUAUAUGCUACGGAAGAAGCCAUUGAUUACUUAACAUAUGAUUCUCAUGGGUCUAGUGGUUGGGAAGCUGAGAACUUGCCCAACUUACCCAGGUUCAAGGACCAUACCAAACUUAACGAAAUAUUAGGGUGAACGUCUUCCCCUCUGGUUCUCAUUUUUAUUAUUAUUUAACAUAUAACUAUGUCAAUCUAUAUCACCAAGCUGCUAGUAAUGGCAAUAUAAUUUUAUUUUUAAAAAGCAGCCCUUAAUUUCAAUUUAAAGUUAUCCAUUUGACAGUCUAACCAUUUCAAAGAGCUCUGGGUUGAUUUCCAUUUAGGAACCCAGAUGCAUGCCAGUGGUGCAUUCACAGAUUUAUUGCACUUGGCAUUUCUCAGAAUGCACCAUGGAUUUAGCUUUAUUUUCUUUAACACCAGUAAUUAAUUACCAUUGUCAUUUUCAAUUUACCGUCGGGUACAUAUGCUCAGCCAACUGGAUCCACACCCUUUUCCCAAAGCCCAUUUGCACAUACCAUUUGGACUUGACCGAGCACAAAACAGAAGUCCUGCAAACGAAACCCCAAAUCUCCCCAUUCCCCAACCAUUCUAUCACAGGUGCUCUUCGACCAGAUCCAAUCAAGAGAGCGACGAUCUCCUGCAACUACUGAAGAAUCGAUCGAAGUAAUACUUCUUACUUGGCACUUGCGCUCCUAGGCGUGCUGAUCUUGGUGGCGUCCUGGAACCCACGCGAACGAAGGUCCUCGUCCGCCAGGAUGUCUUGCCAAACUUUACCAAACGAUGUGGCAAUGAAUACGGGUUGCAUAUAUGGUUCUAGUUCAUCAUUGGACCAAAUAUAUCGUCUCCUCUCAAGAGAGGGGUUAUCUUCAGAUUUUGCUGAAAACAGUCGUGUGUUGUUUGGGAACCAUACUUUACUGUGUGAACUCAUUAAGAAACGAGCCAAGGAAAAGCCCUCGUUUCUUCAAAGAGACCUUCGUUACAAGAUACAGGCCAAGCAAAACAAGAGGAUUCAGAUAACCAUAUCACUGUCUGGAAGUUCAAACACAGUACAGGCCCAGAAUAUCUUUCCACUUUAUGCUCUGAUUGCUAAACCAGUUAGUACUAUUUUGUACAAAGGGCAUUCUCCAGUAUAUCAGUUCACUCGGGCUUGUUUGCUGACUUGUUUUGAUGAAUCUGGACGUAACAGCCACACUGAAGCCACAUUCAUCAUUGAAGACCUGAAGACUUUAGCUAACAUUAUCCUUGUUAGCUGUGGAAAAUUUGGACAAUCACCUGAUGAAAAUAACUGUUCAAAGAACCAGUUGGAGAACUCCUCUCUUCGAAAGCUUGGAGGGCAAUGUUUCUGGGGCAAAAUACCAAAUGAUUUACUUCAUUCAUCAUUGGAGAAUUGUGUGGAUUUAAGCUUAGGACGGACUAAGAAGUUUGCUUUGCCAGUUACUAUGAGCCCAGGCUUCGGAGAGACAAAAUAUCUUGAGCAGGACAGUUUCUUGACAUUUUGUUCUCUUAAGUUUAAUUCAGUGUGUCCAUAUCAACUAGAAGUAAGCAUACGCGCACAAACCACUGGUGCAAGAUACAUGUUUAAGUCUCCUUACAAUUCCUACUUAUAUAAUGAUGUCCCACCUUCUUUUCUACCACAUAUAGUAAGCUUAAGAAAUGGAAAUGUGUGCUUUAAGUAUGGAAACGAUAUUUUUGAUGCUACAGAAGUUACUGAAGGUUUUUGCUGCUCCUUCUGCUAUGAAAAGUGUGGAAGCUUCCUGGGUCUGCAAUGGCACUUAAUGUCAUCACAUGACCGAUUCAACUUUGAGUUCUGGAUAUCUGAGAAGGAACAGGGUGUGAAUGUUACCUUGAAGCACAAUACCUGGAGCGAUGAGGAUUUUCCUGCAGGAAUUGAUCCGAGACAGAGAACAUUUUCCUAUUUCUCAAAGUACAAGAAGCGCAGAAGAUUAGUUACAGCAACUGAGGUGGUUGUUCCGUCAAAAGGAUCAAAAUCACCCGAAGAUGCCUAUGCGAGCUUUGAAGAUAGCUACGUGCUGAAGGAAAUUGACACGUCAGUUGAUCCUGCCUGUUCAUUACAUGACGGCCAUCUGUCACCACCAAGAGUAAUUCAGUUUGGAAAGACCAGGAAACUGUCUGUUGAUCAGUUUGACCCUAAACUUCGUCAAGUCCUUCGAACACGUCAGUUCUUCCAUUCUCACAAAGGACAGCAAAUGACAGUUGAAGAAGUUCUCUCAAAUCAUGAUAGUGAAGACGAAGUUGAUGAUGAUGUUGCUGACUUUGAAGAUAGAAAGAUGCUUGAUAGUUUCGAUGAUAUUGCAAUAGAUGAGAAGCGUGUCAUGCAUAUGUGGAAUUCAUUUGUUCCGAGACAGAGGGUGAUAGCUGAUUGUCAUAUACCAUAUGCCUGUAAAGCAUUCUCCCAGCUUCAUGGACAAUUACUUGCACAAAGCCCAUCGCUAUUAUGGUGCUGGAGGCUUUUUAUGAUCAAACUCUGGAACCACAAUCUGCUAAAUGGGAAAACCAUGGACGCCUGCAACUUGAUUAUUGACGGCUUCAAGAACAAAGGCUCGGACCCCAAGUGAAGAAAACCGCCGUGAUGAGCGAUGAAAAACAUUUCAAGCAUGAACAACAAUAGAUGAUAAAUAAGCUAAACUCUUUUCAAUGUACUGCAUAUCUAUUCAGUGACCUGGACAUCUCAUUUCCUUUUUUUUCUACAGCGUCAUUGUACUUACAUGUAUCGAUCAUAAAAGUUCAUUACUGUUAUUUACAUACAAUAAUUUUACAUGAAGCUGCACUGGCUUUUAAUAAACACCACUUCUUGUUUCAUGGUUAGCAGGGUUUUUUUUUUUCUUGCGGCUCAUUAUCUAAAAUUUAGAUCUAAGUUUGUAGAGAUCGAUGUACUCGUUGGCGGUAGGUAAACUUCCAGGAACGUGUGCUGAAGGAGCAAGAUUGACGCCGUGAUUAGACCACGAUGCUAUGAUGCUCCACAUGCAAAAAAAAAAAAAAAAAAA